CCGACCCCGCCGAAGCUCAAGCUAAUCAUAAGAUAACAACAACAUUGAGGUCAUCUAACAACUAACAUUAGGUAGUAAAAUGAUGGAAUGUCUAACAGUCUAGCAGCCUAACAGUCUAACAUGGCUUCACUCAAUUACGGGACAACGGCACCGCCUCAACAAAGACAUAAACUCUCCGAAUUAGAAGACUACCCACGAUGGAAUGCCGAAUUAAUCGAGGCCUUACGCGCGAGAGAUUUACUUCCCUUCGUCACCGCGAGUAUUUUAGCACCCGCCGGCGAUAAUGAUUCCCCAGAUUAUCUGCGAUGGCGGAAGAACCGCCUCACUGUCUUGCUUAUGAUGAAGCGUUCGCUAUCGGCAGAUAUGAAAUGCAGACUUUCCAAUGCCGGGUGGGAUUUCGGACGUAGCAGAGACCCUAAGAAGAUGUAUGAUUUAAUUCGUAAGGUUGCUCAAAACGGACAAGACGACGAGAGCGACACGGCUUCCAAGCCCCCGUCGCCACUGGAGUCAAAUGCUAUGGUAGACGAUCUUACCAAAGAAAUCGAGUUAAUAGAACAGGAAGAUGGCGAGGAGGACUGGACUGCCGUCGAAGUACCGUCUAAAGAGCCACCUCCCGAGUCAAUUCAGGAUCGCGUCGUACGUGUAUGGAACGACCUCCGUGACUUGACGGCUUAUUAUGAUAUCGAUGGCUCCGCAUCGCGGAAUGCGAGGUUAGAGGUAUUCUACCAAGAUGAACUCGCAGACCUCGAGAGACAGCCUUUCGACUCCUACUCUUCACAGGAUGAUAAGGUUGACCAUCUGCUGCUUCGGAACUACAUACGGCGCGCACAACGCACACUUGAGCUCGACAAGGCUCGAGAUGCCAAGUUUACAGCCUUCAUUGAACCGUUUGCUGCGCCUAUUACGACGUGGUGCGAACAACGCCGACGCGUCGAGCCAAUUGAUCCCAAGGCUCUUGCUGAUAGCCUUACUGCGACGGAGAAGCUUGUCUUCGAGGCUCGAGAUCACGUUAAUCACAAUGCCAGCAAGUACUCAAAGGCUACUGGGCAUCGUGCCGUCCGUAGGGUCGCAGCUCUGCGAAAAAAGCUCGCGAAGAUGUACUCUUUCUAUAAGGAUUACGAUCCCCUAUUCGACUGGUGGGUCACAGAGCCUUAUAAACGCCUCGAUGUAGCUCUUGGUGAUAUUGUAGCUCUCUUACGCGAGGUUCUGGUAGGCGUAAAGCCCGGCGAUGAAGAGACUAUCGUUGGAGAGCCCAUUGGACGCGACGGCCUUCUGAGUGACCUCGAAGCUGAGAUGAUCCCAUAUACACCCGAAGAACUUUUACGUAUCGCAGAGAAGGAAUAUGCAUGGUGCGAAGCAGAGAUGAUCAAGGCAUCGCAGCAACUCAACUUUGGAACGCACUGGCGCAGCGCUCUCGAGCAUGUCAAGAAUCUGUACGAACCACCGGGGGCAUACCCAGCUUUCAUCCGGUCGCUCAUCGACGAGGGUGCCGCGUACGUCAAAAAGCACGAUCUUGUAACAGUACCACGCAUCGCCGAGGAGGCUAUUCGCAUGACUAUGAUCGAGGCAGAGCGACAGAAGGUGUCGCCGUUUUUCCUCGGUGGUCCAACUAUGCAAAUGUCUUAUCCGACGCGGGAUAUGGCACACGAGGCCAAGCUCAUGUCGCUGCGCGGUAAUAACCGGCACUUUGGGCGAGCGACAGCCUUUCACGAGAUGAUUCCAGGUCAUCACUUGCAGAUGUUCAUGGGAGAGCGGCACCAUCACUAUCGUCGCGCGCUUUUCGACACCCCCUUUUUCGUGGAGGGAUGGGCGCUUUAUUGGGAGAUGGUACUCUGGGAGCGAGGCGACUUCUUCGUGAGCGCUGAGGAUAAGAUUGGCUCGCUGUUCUGGCGUAUGCACCGGUGCGCGCGCAUCUUGUUUUCUGUGCGUUUCCACCUAGGCCAAUUAGACGCACGGCAGUGUGUUGAUCUCCUCGUCAACAAGGUGGGCCACGAGCGCGCAACAGCUGAAGGCGAGGUCCGGCGUAGUCUUGGCGGCGAAUAUUCGCCUCUAUACCAGGCCGGCUAUAUGCUUGGAGCUCUGCAGCUGAUGCGUCUGCGAAAGGAGGCCUUGGGAGAUGGACACGGGAAGAUGCGCGAGAAGGAAUUCCACGACCGGGUCCUACGCGCCAACGUCAUGCCCAUUGAGAUGCUGAGAGCGUUGGUUCUAGACAAGGAGCUCAAGAAAGACUUCAAGUCUGAGUGGAGGUUCUAUGAAGAUAAGCUAUAGCGGGAUAGCGGGAAGCUUCUUCAACUGAGGUGCACGCUGGCGUGUUUGCUAUGUCUAUCGCUCACGCCUAGCCCGUACCAUGAGUAUAGCGGCUCCAAUCGUGUCUUAUCCUGAUCGAAAUGAUCAAAGAUAUCCCCAUCUCGUUCGGCC